GCUAGAAUAAGAGACCUUCAAGCAAACUCACCUGAAACAACACUGUUCACAGACAACUGCAAAGCUUAAAAAUGCCACUUUUUGGCUGGAUGAAAUGGUCAAAAACUGAUUCCUUCAAAUCCACAAGAUGUCCUGGAUCAGAAGUAGUUACAAAAACCCUGCUGAGGGAGUUGAAAUGGCACCUGAAAGAGCGUGAAAGAUUAGUGCAAGAGAUUGAAAAUGAACAAAAAGUCCAGAAACCUGGCAUGGAUUACAACUGGCUCAAGAACUACCAAAACCCUCAAGCAACAAUUCCAGCUACUGAGCAACGGCAGCUUGAAGUUCUGUGCUCUCAAAUCCAGCCCUGCCAAACAGGAACUGUUCUCAGCAGAUUUCGGGAAGUUUUGGCAGAAAAUGAUGUUUUGCCGUGGGAAAUAGUCUACAUAUUCAAGCAAGUUUUAAAAGAUUUUCUUACUACUAUUGAGAGAGAAAACCAAGCAGAGCAGCUGGUAGAUGCAUGGAAUACAAAUUGCCCUGAACAUUUUAGUCUGCGUGGUGACAGCUCCAACAAGUCGGACAAGGAUGAAAUCCCCACGGUUUCAAGUUAUGUCGACAAAAACACACAAAGCAUGUUUCCCACCUUCUCUCACAGAAUCUGGAAUCUACCCUAUUACUACCCAUCAAGUUAA